AUGAGUAUCAUCAGUUUUGGGCUAAUUCCUGAUGGUCGUCGCCCUAAAAAGAUCAUAAACCUCAUCAGCAACAACAAUCGAAUUGCUCUUGCAAUCAAAGCUGAAUUCGAAAGGCUCAAUUCAUUUACCAAAUCGUACUUAGCAACCCAAUAUGAGCAACAGCAACAACAACAGCAACAGCAACAGAAACCAGAUACACCAGAGAAGCACUCCCAAAAUGAGAAAUUACAAGAAAUCUUCAAGGAUUUGUAUGUACUCAUUGACUGUGAAAACUUUAAGCUUGACAAGGUUGCAAACAUAAACUCGGAAAAGUUGCAAACAUUCAUCAAUAGACUUCAAGGAGUUGAGCUGCAAUCGCGGGUAGACGAAACGAUACACGACUUGAUUCAACAGUACAUCAACCUCAUCCUUGGUCUUCAUUUGUCCAACUCGUUAAUCUACAAGACCCUUGUAUUGAAAAGCCAGCAAGUGUAUUGGGAAACGAUAUACAGUUCGACAUUCAACAAGUUGGUCUACUUUGUUCAAACUUUACCAAUUGAAUUGUACUACUUUGGUAUUGACAUGGCCGAAAGAACCAAUGAGAUUCUUGCACAAAAUUUCCAUCAAUCGCAAAUUGCCGACUUGGAACAUCGUCAAUGGACACAGCAGUACUGGCUCAAGUUGCAGAUUUAUUCCACGGCAUUGGGAAAGUCACUUCUACAAGCUGUGGAUUUACUUUUUGUCCAAGCGAAUCCGGUGGUGACGUUGCUACAAAAGUCUGAUGCGUCUACGUGGUCAUCCAUAAAGUGGUAUGUAUCGUCAAUUGUCAAGUCUCCCAUCACAAUCAUCAACAAGGAGAUUAAAUUAAAAUUGAAGACGAUAAAGAAGGAAAUACAACUCAACACGCAAAACAUUGACCUCUUUGUGAAAUCUGACGUCAGCAACCUUUUACCAGUAUUGAACCGAGUUUUGAAUAUCGAGGAUACAACAACUACUGUAAACAACACAGUAAUCAAUGGAGUCGCAGCUUUUGGCAAUAAAGAUUAUGCAUCCACGUCAUCUCCAUCGUUUCUUACCCGCUACUGGCUCCCCAUCUCACUCAUUGUUUUUUAUGCACCAUCACAAUCAAGAAACAUCUAUCUCAAUCGGUAUGAGAUACUCCACUGGAUCCAAUUUAACGGGAUAGAACCUAUAAAGGGAUUCUUUGUCAACUGGGUGAUCAAACCCAUUAAUGAAAUGCUCAAUAUUUUACGAAGCAAUGAUGAGAUCACCUUGACUUCCAAGGAUUCAUUGAAAUCAGAUGUUGAAUCUUUGGAGAGGAUGGUUUAUGAGUUUGCUGAGGAUAACCGUAUUACAACUUCACCAGAUUUGGUUAAGCAGGAUAUCAAAAAUGGUGACUUAAAGCUAGUAAUGUCAAGGUAUGAGAACGAAAUUAGACAGCCUAUCAAGUACAUCAUCUCUGGCUCGUUACUAAGAUUGAUUUUGAUCCAAGUACAAAAGGGUAAAGUUGAUGGUGCAGUUGCAUUGAGUGGUAUAGACAAGUUAUUAAAGAGUCAGCAAUUGGUGUUUGGAAUAGUUUCAAUGAGUCCAUCCUUGAUCAUCUUGUACCAAGUUUACAAAUACUUUACACUGGCAAAACCAUUACUUGUCAAUGGCAAACAGUUGAGUAUCAUUUGUCUCAAGUGUUUGAAUAAUAUCGAGAGUUUGCUAAUUUCGUUACUGAGAAAGAAUGUACGCAAUGGCGAUGACAACAAUGCCAAUACGAAUGAAGGAGAGUUGUUGAUUGAAAUUAUUGAUUUGAUCUUGUGUUCGGAGCGUCUAAUUCCCAAGGAGUUGCAUCAGGAUUGGAUUCAUGAUUUGAACGAGUUGAACAACAGUGAGUAUGAUAUUGAAACAAAGUUGAAGGUGGUGCAACGCAUUUGGAACAUGUACGGAAAUUACUUUAAAUAG